GUCGUUUUGUGAAGAUGCUUUAGUUCUUGUGUCUCUCCGUUACUUAUAUUAUAAGAAAAAGAAACUGGUAAACAAAAAAUGGUGUAAACCCUAUUAUGUAUAUGUAGCUAACAGUUUUCAUUUGCGUAUCCCGUAGGUCGCGACCAGACAACUGACUGAUCGGUGAUCCCACAGUUUUUUGCGAUCAUCAUGUUUACUAAUUGAGUUAUGUUAGAAAUAUCCGAAGCAGACGUUUUGUUUUUUUUCCCUCCACAUAUUUACGUCAACGCUAAUAGCAUGUUUGUAAUUUCAUAAAAAAUAAAAACAGCAUCAGUCAUCAAGACGGGGUUGUUUGAUUGCCCAGGUGCAAUCAUGUCUGGUACUAGUGGAGGGAAGCGGGCAGCAGGACAUGGAGGGGAUAGCCCACCUGGACCCGUGGAAAAGAAAGGGAAAAAAGAAGAAAAAACCACCACUACAUUGAUUGAACCCAUUCGCAUCGGUGGAGUGUCCUCUACGGAGGAAAUGGACAUGAAAGUCUUGCAGUUUAAGAACAAGAAACUGUGUGAGCGUUUGGAACAGAGACAGGCUAUGGAGGAUGAGCUUCGUGAAAGGAUUGAGAAGCUGGAGAAACGUCAAGCCACUGAUGAUACAACUCUUCUUAUUGUCAACCGCUGCUGGAGCCAGUUGGAUGAUGCUGUUCAGGUCAUGCUACAAAAGUUUGAUCCAGAUGUAAACAAGGAAAAUAUGAAUCCUUCUGACUCAAAUCUUGAAGAAGGGGAAAGCAGCCAGCUUGAACCCAAGGAUUCAGUGGAAGCUAAUGAGGCUGAUAAAGAAGGUGUGGAACUACAGCAGUGUGAGACUAGUGCCACAGAUCGUGGGUGUCCUCCUGCUGCUCUCAGUGACAUGGCCAAGAACUUCCUUUGUACUUUGAGCAGUAGCAGCGAAGAAGAAGUGAGUCUGCAGUUACAGGACAGGAUGCAAUUCAGCAAAGUGGCUGUGGCCCAUGUUGUAUGUGCCUUUGACCAUCUACACCAUCGCAUUGAAGACUUGUGUGCCCAUGUCCAAAAUGAUGUGUACGAUGAGGGCAGUCAAGCAGAUGUUCUCUCUUUGAACCGGACGCUCCUGGAGGAAAACGGCCAGCUGCAGGAUCUUGCUUCAUCCCUGCAGGGUAGACACCACAGAAUGUCUUUGGAGUAUAAUGAAUUGGUGGAUAAGGUGACAAGUUCGGAGACUAAAGUGUCAGAAAUGGAAACUGCUGUGGAGGACUUGCAGUGGGAUAUAGAGAAACUUCGCAAGAGGGAGCAGAAGCUCAACAAGCAUUUGGCUGAGGCUUUGGAACAGUUGAACUCUGGGUACAACACCUGUGGCAGUUCAGGGGGGCUUCCAGGUGGCCAGAUAACACUCAACAUACAAAAGUUUGAGCUUUUGAACGCAGAGCUUGAGCAAAACCAAGAGCUGGCAAAUAGCCGGAUGGCAGAGCUGGAGAAGUUGCAGCUAGAGCUUCAGGAAGCUGUACGUGAAAGUGAAAAACUUAAGAUGGACCUACGAAACAUUCCAGAGGAGGUGGUUAAAGAGACUCCAGAAUAUAAGUGCCUGCAGUCACAGUUCUCUCUACUGUACAAUGAGUCUCUUGGGGUAAAAACACAACUGGAUGAGGCCAGAGCACUGCUGCUCACUGCCAAGAAUGCACAUCUGCGCCAAAUUGAACAUAUGGAGAGUGACGAGCUGUCGUUACAGAAGAAGCUCCGGACAGAAGUCAUUCAGCUUGAGGAUACCCUGGCCCAGGUUCGCAAGGAGUAUGAGAUGUUAAGAAUUGAAUUUGAGCAGAACCUUGCAGCUAAUGAGCAAGCAGGUCCUAUUAAUAGAGAGAUGCGUCACUUAAUUAGUAGCCUUCAGAAUCACAAUCAUCAGUUGAAGGGAGAUUUGCAACGCUACAAAAGGAAGCUUCGAGAGACACAAGCUGAAAUCAAUAAGCUGCGAUGUCAGAGUGGUGACGUAGGGUUUGUAACAUUGGAGGAACCCACCAGCGAUGCAGGGGUGGAUGUCAAGAAAGAGGAGGAUGAUGAACAAGAAGAGGAAGAAGACAGAAGGAGGGAGGCUGAGAGGCAAAGAGCCAGAGAGAGAGAGAGGGAGAGGGAGGCAGAGAGGGAGCGAGAACGGGAACGGGAGCGGGAAAGGGAACGAGAAAGGCAAAGAAGUGAGGAGUUGAAGAGGAAGGAUUCAGACACCCUUAAGAUGCUCAGGACUGAGCUUAAGAAAGCUCAAGAAUCACAGAAAGAGAUGAAACUUUUAUUGGACAUGUAUAAAUCAGCCCCCAAAGAACAGCGAGACAAAGUACAGCUCAUGGCUGCAGAGCGCAAGUCUAAAGCUGAGGUGGAUGAGUUAAGAGUACGAGUUCGAGACCUGGAAGAGAGGGAAAAAAAGGAGAGCAAAAAACUGGCUGAUGAAGAUGCCCUUAGGAAGAUUCGCAUGGCUGAGGAAACCAUUGAACAUUUGCAGAAGAAGCUUACAGCAACAAAACAGGAGGAGGAGGCCUUGCUUAGUGAGAUGGAUGUUACAGGUCAAGCGUUCGAAGACAUGCAAGAGCAGAACAGUCGACUGAUGCAGCAACUAAGAGAAAAAGAUGAUGCCAACUUCAAGCUAAUGAGUGAGAGGAUCAAGUCUAACCAGAUCUACAAACUACUACGGGAAGAGAAGGAGGAGCUGGCUGACCAAGUACUAACACUUAAGACACAGGUUGAUGCUCAGCUCCUUGUAGUGCAGAAGUUAGAAGAGAAGGAGGGUGUACUUCAAAGCUCACUUGCUGCACUGGAGAAAGAAUUGAGUCUUCGCACACAAGCCCUAGAGCUCAACAAAAGAAAGGCAGUGGAGGCAGCACAGCUGGCAGAGGACUUAAAGGUACAACUGGAGCACACUCAAGCAAAGUUGCGGGAGAUCCAAGCCUCUGUGUCAGAUAACCGUACAGCCCGUGAAAGAGAGAGCUUCAACCUGAAAAAGGCACAGGAAGACUUGUCUAGGCUGCGUCGAAAACUGGAGAAGCAAAAGAAAGUGGAGAUGUAUACUGAUGCAGAUGAAAUUUUACAAGAGGAGAUCAACCAGUACAAGGCAAAGUUGCGUUGCCCCUGUUGUAACACUCGAGACAAGGAGACUGUUCUGACCAAGUGUUUCCAUGUCUUCUGCUACGAUUGUCUAAAGACGCGUUAUGACACUCGGCAGAGAAAGUGUCCCAAGUGCAAUGCAGCUUUUGGAGCUAAUGACUUUCACCGUAUCUACAUAACUUAAACCUUUUUUUUUCUUUUUCUUUUAAUGUGAACAAAAGUGUCCAAAAAAUAUUUUUUUAAAACAGGAUAGGGUAUUUAGUUUAGAAGAAAGGAGUUAAGUACUUCUACCAUAUCUCAUGAACUGUUUGUGUAUGAAGAUGAAGGCAAAACAAAGCGUGAUACUCUCUUGAGUUAACUGUCACAGUAAUUGCAGAUACUAGUGGUCACUAAGAAAUGUAGUGGCAAGGCAAAUAUGCUAAUUUUACUAUAAUUGUCAGUUAUUAGAAUAAGUAAUUGUUACUGCCAGUUUUGUGUUCCCACAAGGUAAAAACUAGGUGAUCUUUUUUUCUAUUAGUCAUGCCUAUUACUUUUUUGGGAGUUCAGACAGCACUGGAAAACAUAAUUACUUUAAAUAUUGACAUAGUAUUAAAAUUUAUAUUUUCUGCUGUUGUAAUCAUAAAAGUGUGCUUUCACCUGGUAAACAAGAGCUAGUCCUUUUAACUGGAUUGUAACAAAUAAAUGCAUUAGUCAGAAAUUUUUGCUGAAAGAUUUUUG